CGUUAUUUAUUGCCGAUCAAUACUUUCAUUUUCCAGAUUUCCUCGUUUCUUCGUAGUGUAUAUAUUAGCUGUUCAAUGAUAUCCACUUGUUUCGGUCUUUCUACAUUCGUCCUUAAUUUCAUCGUUUUGUAACAUAAAUGGACGUUAUCCGGUUGAUGUAUCGUGUGUAUAAUAAGUAUGCAUCUGGCUGAGAGCUUGCAAUAGACUACAAUUAUCCUACAGUGCCAAAAGUGGUGAAAUCAGAGAUGGUAUCAGCUCGUUUUUUUCGGUCCUCUUGCUUGAAUUAGAAAUGAGAGUUUUUGGCAAUAUAGUCUCUGUUAACUCUUUAUCAGAUCGGUUCAGAGACCAAGGGACGGAAGAAAAGAAAACAGAAGAAGGAAACGACGAAAUUUGUGGCUGUGUGGGAAAAUCAGUUUCUUGAAAACGUUAAACUAUGCUCAGAACGGAUACCAGGAUGUUACGCUCCAAAUGGUUUUCACUCCGAGAAACCUGUGCUUUGUGCUUUGUCCGUGGACAACAGGAUUUUGACCGUUUUCAAGGAGGAGAAGCCAGGACGCAGGGAGGAGAUCGAAAAUGUUGAGGUCAAACUUUUUGAAGCUGGUAUGUAUGUGUACGGACUGCACACCAGUGGCCCUGAUUACGUCACUGACGAACUGUGGGCUGCAUUUUAUAAGAAGCUGCUGGAAGAGAGACUGGUACCCAUUAUCGUUCUGUCCAAUGAAAGUCCAGGGUUCGACUGGAUAAAGAAAUUCGUACAACCAGAGAACGUCCAUCCAUGUACGUGGACUGAGUGGGAACUACAUCGUGGCAUUGUUCCACCAGAGGAAGAUUAUUUCGACUAUUUAGCAGUAGACGCUGCUUUGUGUCCCGUUUCAAGACAAUUCCUUACUUUAACAAGGGAGGACGUCGGAAAAUUUCAAUUCCGUGAUUUCAAGGACGUGAACGUCGUCGAGCAGAGACGUCGUCAGGCAAACGAAAUAGCUGACAAGUUGAAAGACAGUCGCCAACUGCAGCAAGAGCUGCGAUCGUUGCACAGUGACGAGGAGCUUAUCGAGAAACUGGCGAGAAAACUGCAAUUCGCUGUCAAAGAAACAGUCAAGCUCAUUGUAAAUGGAGAACGACCUACCACAGAGACCAUCCUGAAAAAUAAGCUAAUUGAUAAGAAAAAGCUUGCACUUAAUGAAUGUGAAAAGUGCAAAGAAAAUAUAAAAAAGUGCAAGUGUAAAUCGAACGAACCUUUAGCAAGUCUGGAGGAAUAUGCAGCAGUGGUGCUCCGCGUGUGUCAAAGUGUGGACGUGUAGAAAGCAUUGUGUAAUGGCUAGCUCUAUACUGUAACCUCAAACAAAAACAACAUGUCCAGAAAUGCAGGCAAUCGAAAAAAAUUCUUGAAAAAUUCUUCUAAGCGGUUAUAUAAUAUAUUUGUUUAUAUUAAAGCGAAUACUUAAACAAAUUUAUAUUAUGACAAAAUAUUUUACAAGGCUAGAAAUGUUAAUUUAUCCUUGAAAAUUUAAUUAUAAGUAGUAAUUUUAUCAUUAUAAUUAGGAUAAAAUGUUUCCAAGGCACAAGAGCAGAAUUAGAAAAUGUCUUAUCGCAACCUUUCAAAUUUGCAAUCUGCUAUAACACCCGUCAAAUUAAUACCCUAGUACACUAGAACAGUACUUUUCAACAAAACAGGGCUAUCAUUUUCUUUUGUAUUUUGUUUUGUUUUGUUUUGUUGUUUUUUUGUGUUUGUUUGUUUGUUUUUUUACUUUUUCAGUUCACUGGAUCCCACCGUUAUGUACCGGCGUUCAAAUAGAGAUAUAAGCAUUCCCAACGGGCCUACGCUGGGCAUUUGACAAUUUCUUGUAGCCCGGGCCCCAGGUCCAGUUAUUUACAGGUUACCUGGAAGGCUCUCGGCCAAUGAAACGGAAGAAAACAUGCAUCAAAUGAUAUUGUUAUAUCUCCCAACUCAAAUGCGUUUUCCGAUUGAAGGAGAACGUGUCACGUCUAAACUUACCAACUCCCAAGGGCGAACAAAACUCACUAACUCCCCAGGGAAACAACUUGAACUUUCGACUCGCACGUGAUCAGGACGUGCUCCUUGAAACCGAGGCAAAUUUAUGAGCCAGCCGGAGCUAGCCGGCGUCAAGCAAACGAUUUCUUCGCAAUUUUUGAAUUGGGAGGUAUAACAAAACACUUAAUGACUGGCCCCACGGGAAACAGUGAGUUUUGUUUCCCCUCGGCCUGAAUGUUCCACGAGGCGAAGCCUCGGGGAACAAUGAGGGUCUCUGGGAAAGAAAACUCACUCUUUCCCUUGGGGCCAGUCAUUAAGUGCUUGAUUUAUAAAUUUUUUUAUUAUUAGUUAUUUAAUAGCUAAUGUUCGUGCUUCUAGCUUAGAAUUCGGAAUACUGUUUGUAAACAUAACUAUACUUUUACAAAUUAGCUUUUAUGCUUUAACAACAGUAAAAGUUAAAAUGAGAGGUGUAUCAGGGAUUUUAAAGGCAAAUGUAAAUGUUUUAGUUAAACUUGUGAUAUUAAACUUGUAAGUUUACGGAAACUGGUGCCGUCACACAGCGUGUCAACUAAUCGUAGUUUAUAGAGGGAACCUCUAUUCGCUUACCAUAAAGCAAGGAAAUCAAAUCCACAGGAAAAUAGUAAACUUUAUCAUUAUGGUAUAUCUGUCUGUAAAACUUCAGUUGUUCAUAUAAAAAUGUUAAUUUUAGCAAUAGACAGGAGUUGAAAGUCAACUAAUGAAAUCAUUCGAGCAACUUAAGUGACAUCGUCGAACGAACUCUCAUAAUAUUUGAUUCCUGCUAGAAUAAUAAACAAGAUAAUGCAUGGUAGCUUGUAGAUAUGGAAUUUUCUCUUCUCGUGUUCAGCUUUAUAUGUCACUUGUUUUCUGUGUUCACUUGAGAGAGAUUGCGUUGAACACUCAAAGAGAAAAUCCAUAUCUAUGCACGCAUAUGUGUUAUUCUCUAUUUCUCCAUACUGA